AUGGGAUCCCGACAUAUUGUCACCGCGCUGCUGGCAGUUUCCAUACUUUCAGUUCUUUGGAUUCUACGAUCAUCCCUUAAAGCUAUUUCUUCUGAAACUUUGCAGUCAUGCUGCACUUUAACAAUCGAAGAAAUUGAAAGCAGAAAUUCGGCUGUGAAAGAAAUUUCCUGUACAGUUGAUAACGAAAAGACAUACAAAUGUUAUGAAGAAGAAUUUACAAAUGAAGUGUAUUUUCCCUUCAACGCCUUUCUUAAGAAACAUUUCGAUGUUUCUGGAAAGAUUUUUAAAGAAUCCAAUUUGAUGGCAAGACACUUCGAAUGGUUAACAUCACAUGCUCGAGUUCGUUUCCCAGAUUUUGUUAACUAUGACUACCGUGGAGCUUUUGGUCAUUUUGCAUCAUACAGUGUAGAAACUAGAGAUCGCGUACGUUGCAUUAGUGCUCAGUAUGGUGUGCCACUAUCAACGCAGUGGUCAACAACUCCUUAUUUCUAUCCUAUACAAAUCGCCCAGUAUGCCUUGCAGCAUUAUAGUCGAUUCAAAAUUGGUGAAUGUUUUGGAUUUUUCAAGACAAAAAAUGUGGCUCCGUUAUCGGUUACAUUUGUAAAAGGCGCAACAGCGGAAGAAUGGGAAGAUAACACGCUUGGUGGAGAUGGUUUCAAAUUAGGUUUUGAUGAGGAUGCAAACUGUACAAGGGUUGAAAUUAAUUCUGACGAUCACGGUGUUUUGUUGCCACUUGAUGGAGAUCCAGCAUUUUCAGUACUCUCCUUUUUUUGGUUGGCUGACAUGGAUGCUUCCUUUACGAUCAGCUUAAAGCUUAUUUAUAAUCAGAAAAUUAUACAACUGCAUUAUGUCCAUAACGCUGAUGAGCAGUGUGUUUCUCAUGACAAGAAAACGAGCAAAACCGAUUAUAAUUAUUCCUUGGGUGCAAAACCAAAUCCAAAUGAAUGGCGGUGGAUUUGUCGUGAUUUAUUAGUUGACGCCGGAGAUAUAGUUCUGGAUUCCAUUAUUUUUCGAGGACGUUCAAUAAUUCGGGAUUUUAAACAACGAUCUUCAGCACAUCUUGAGCACUUUCUCAUAGCUGCUGACUGGUUAAUUAGCAAUCAAGAUGAAUACGGUGGUUGGUCAGUUCCUGUUGAACGGAAAAUACCAGAGAUUGAAAUAAUAUUUUACAGUUCAAUUGCUGACAAGCGUUUGAUUUUACCAGCAGGCUGGCAUAGUGCAAUGGCUCAAGGGCAUGCUUUAAGUGUGCUUACACGAGCUUACGUUGUAACGAAUGAUACGAAAUAUAUGCAAGUUGCAAAACGUGCACUUCACUUGUUUAAAGUAGACGCUGCAAAAGGUGGAGUGUUGAAUGAACUUUUUGGUCAUCCGUGGUUUGAAGAGUAUCCAACUACACCAGGCACAUUUGUACUUAAUGGUUUUUUGUAUUCGCUGAUUGGAUUAUAUGACUUUGCACAAGUUUCUAAUUCAGAAGAUGGUGAAAAUGAUUCGAAUACAUUAUUUUCUGUUGGUUUAGAAAGUCUACGAAUUUUUCUACCUCUUUUUGAUAGCGGCAGUGGAACUUUUUAUGAUUUAAGACAUUUAGGCCUAAAAACGGCACCAAAUUUAGCACGUUGGGAUUAUCACUCCGUGCAUAUUUAUUUAUUGAAAUGGCUUUAUAUCAUUACAAAAGAUGAAUUCUUUAAUGAAACUGCUAAUCGCUGGGCUUCUUAUGCAGCAGGUCAUAGAGCAAAACAUAAUUAG